AUGAUGGAUGCCGAUGCCGUUGUCGAUGCGAUCGAUAUCGAUGAUUACGAUGACGGCGAUGCUGGUAUAUUCAGCAUCAUCAAUGACUGCCACAGUGAGGACGAUGACACCCUCACUGGAGAAGACAAAGUUCUUUCAGCAGUGCACACGAAGCGCACUGCUGUUGACAAGGAUUAA